AAUGUUACCGAUGAGUGCGGGGUUGUCUGCAACCGGCAGCUCCACCUCCACUCUUGCCUCGCCAGCAGCGCCCACGUCCUCAGCGCUGACCUUCAGCGAGUCGGAUGCGGACUUCGAGCGUGCACUCAACUCGUACGACGUGCCAGUCGUGGCUGAGGCGCUGCGUCGCUAUCUGGUGGCCGAGACACAAGCAGGUUUAUCGGCAGGCUCAGCGGCCAAACGACAGUCUGCGCAGCUGCGUAGCGUCUUCUACGAGCGAUUCAACCAGCUUUUGGACCGCGUCUUCGGUCUAGACGCAAUCUCCAAGCAAAAGGACGGCGGAUGGCUCGAUUAUAGCGCCGGAUUGGGCGUGACCCCCGCAACAGAUGAGCCUGUUGGGGCUUCGACUGCAGCUCCAGGCGUCAUUCGUCCGCCACCGCCGGCCAAUAUGCCUGUGAGUCCGUUUGCUUCGGUCUAUACGUCCACCAGUUACAUGGCGCCAUCGGAUGAUCUACUGAGCUCGUUGCUGCUCACUAUUAUCCACUUGCUGUCGGACUCUUUCUUCCCUGCUCCAUUGGCUGAGGACUCGAAUGGAUCACAGGGAGGCACCGGGAUGGUCGUGGGUAGUGGUGGUGUGUAUCUAAGUCGAAGUGUCACGAUGCUGCGGCCUCCUCUGUACGCAUUCUUCCGGCUCGUGUUCUCGCGGGCUCCUAUUGGACUCUCACCGACGGCUUUCCUGGCUAUCACGGAUGUUUGGCUCGCGUAUAUCCAGCCGUGGCAUUGUCGAUCUUGGAUUGAGUCCAAGGGCGUAGAGACGACACCUGGUCAGGACACGGUACCAGGGUACACUUCCGCGUGGGAAAGCUACGUACUGGCGAAUUACCACUUCUACACAACGCUCUUAGGCGCAUUUGUGGAGCGCGCGAAGGAGCUGGACUUCUCUGCAGGUGACGAGCGGAACCUCCAGAUUGUUGAUCGAGUAUUGAGCGUGUACAAUUCGGAUUUAUUGGCACUUCUACGUCGUGCAUCGCUUCACCUCGAGAAGUCGCAGCCAUUCGCUAUGCCUUUCAGCUUCAAUCGUAGCUCCAACAUCACACGUACGCGUAGUGGGAGCAUCGGUUCCUCAUCAAAGUCCAAGUCUACAGCGGGCGACGCGCUCACGGCUACUCAAGCGCACGUGCUGACGUUCUACUGCAAGUCUCUAGGUAUCGAAUGCACGCCCAUCCCGCUCCACGACAGCUUCCACCGUGACGCUGAACGUCUCUUCGACAAGCUGUGGGAAGCUGCCGCAGCAUCCACCGCCACGUCUUCGACGUCCGUGCACUCUCCUGCCGAUCUGUACCAGAAUGUAAGCGCCGUGUUCCGUGUAUCGAGUUCAAAGACUGUUGACAAAGUGGCCGAGCAGGUUCAGCGCUUGAGCCGCAUGUUGCGACGCGUAUUCGAGAUUUCAGAUGCCUAUGUGGCUUCAACGGCUCACUCUCGCUCGUCGUCUGCAGCUACAGGUGGCGGGUUGGAAUCAUUCGCGCCAAGUCGGGACAAGAAGCUGCCACACUUGCUCUCUCGUGAGGGUGUUUUCCAGCUGCAGUAUGGCAUACGCUUGUGCUCGCCAGAUACAGCAGAGUACAUUGGUGACCCCAUGCUUAGUCCUAUUUGUUCGUACGAGGUGGCGUGGCUUGUGCGGCUAUCGUACAAGCUCUCGACGUGGCUGAAUGCGCAGUUUGGGUUUGUGAAUCCGUAUCAUGGCAAGCGACUGGAAGACAACUUGGAAGUGGACCCUGCUAGUCCAUUCGUGCGCUUCCGGUUUAACUUCCGCUUCCUCGCUAGCAAGGUAAACCUCAGCUACCUUGCGGCUUUCGUGCUCUUGUUAUACGUGCUCUACUUCUGGUAACAGCACUCGAAAGGUGUAGAACGGAGCAUUGCCAACACGUAUGAAUUGACGGUCUUAUGCUAUACGUGCUCUUUGCGACGCUAGUCAAAAUUACACACUAACUUGUGCAGUUGCCACUCAGGUUCCCUGUUUGAUAUUUACCUAUAGUCACCUCAGUCGCUAUCACUGUCUCCGUCACUGGAAUCGCUAUCACCCGAAGAAAAGUCGGACGAAGAAGACGAAGACGAGAGAUACGAGUUCAACAAGGCUGGUGAGUGGGUGUAGCCGGUCUCUGCUGUGGGUGACGCUUUCUUCUUGCCUUGAGUAGCAGCAGUCUUCGGCUUGGUCUUGUGACUCGGUGAUGGUCGCACAGGAGGUUUACUGUCCUCUGGCGACGCAGCAGGUGGAGGUGGCGAUGGUGGGGGCGGAGCAGGAGCUUCUGCAGCAGACGGUGGAGGCGGCUGGGGCUUGUUCGCGGGACGUGCAUCGCUAUCGGACCCAUCAGAAUCAGACGACGCAGAAGAAGACGAGUUGUCGUCACUAUCGGAGCUAUCGGAGCUGGAACUGUCGCUAACGAUGAGUCGGGGCUUCGGACGCUUCUGAGCCACUUGCGGUGGUGGCGGAGGUGGCGGCGAAGGCGACGGAGCGCCAUUCUGGGGCGGAGGGGGCCGGUUGACUGCUUUAUCGUCGGCACUAAAAUCUUCGUCCUCCGUUGGCGGAUCCACUUUGUCUUUAGACUUGGACACUGACGCUCGACUUGGCCGCGGAUUCUUCCGAACAGGAGAAAAAAUUGCGUCCUCUGAAGCUGAGGAUUCGUCUUCGCUGCUUGAAGUGGGUGCUGAACGCUUCCUGGACGAACGAGUUCGGGUACUCCGACUGCUGCGCUUAUUUGCUGGACGACUAGUACGACUUGACUUCGUAGAUCGAGCGCGAGUUUGCGGUUUCUUGGAUGACGAGCGCGAUGGUCUUCGUUUGCGGCUAGCUGCGUCACUAUCACUGUCGCCAUCAGAAGAGGAGCCAUCACUGGAGUCGCUACUUUCUGAAGCACUGCUCUCUGUCCACGCCUUGUUAAUACUGCUACGGGAUUCCGCCUUGCUCGCAUCACUCAUGAUAUCCUCACUCUCGUUCCCGCUCUCUUCGUCCUCACUUCUCCUGUCCUUCAUGCGAUCCACACCUUUCUUCUCUGCAGCGAUGCACAUGGAGCGUGACAGCUUCGAGAGCGUGUCGGCAAACUGCACUACCAACGUGUCAGGAGCGUUGAAUGUACGACAAUUCUGCCACACCAGUUCAACGUCCUUCUUAAAUAAUUCCCAUUUCUAGCGAAGAACAACAAAUGUUAGAUAAACAGGAAUGGAUCUUCAAAGCUUUUCUUCGUCGUACCCGGUAAAAUUUGGCUUCAACGCGAGAUCGAAUUGUACCAAGAUCGAUCGGAUGGGUGAUCACAGACAAGUAAUUCGGACAGCCAUCCAUCCCUGGGUCAACAGGUCGCGAGAAAAGUUCCUGAAGAUAAAAAAAAGAGUUAAAUAUUGACAACCAAGAG